AUGGGAAUUAAUGAAGACACUGGAAACAGAAAUCGGCUUGCAAAAAUAACUCAUUUCUACUCUUCAAUCUCGAACGAGACGAUGACAACCCUGGAUGACUAUGUGGACAGAAUGGAUCCGAAACAACCCGCAAUUUACUACAUUGGCGGAGAUUCCCUCCAAACUGUCCAAAAGUCCCCAUUCGUGGAACGACUUAUGCGGAGGAAUUAUGAGAUACUAUAUUUGUUGGAUCCCGUGGAUGAAUAUGCAGUGGGGCAUCUGACGGAACACAAGGGAAAAAGAUUCCAGAAUAUUGCUAAAGGAGAUAUUGAGAUAUCUGAGUCGGAUCAAGUCGCCGAGCGCAGAGCACAGUUGGAAGUCGAGUAUAAGGAAUUUGGAGACAGAAUUAAGUCAAUUCUUAACGUCUUGAUUUCCAAAGUGAAAUUGUCACACCGAUUGGUCAAUACGUCGUGUGUGGUUGUGGCCGACACAGACGGACUGACUGGAAAUAUGGAGAGGAUAAUGACGGCACAGACCGCUCACAGGGCUCAGGAUCCAACUGCCAGGUGA